CGCCCGCCCGCCACCAUGGCUCUCCGCCGCUGCCGCCGCCUCCUCCUCCUCGCCGCCGUCACCCUCCUGGUGCUCCACCUCGCAGCCGGACUGGCCUCCGCGGCGGCGAGCGGCCGGGGCGCGUUCGACCCCUCCCGCGUCGUGCAGCUCUCCUGGCGUCCCAGGGCGUUCCUGCACAAGGGGUUCCUGUCGGACGCGGAGUGCGACCACCUGAUCUCGCUGGCGAAGGACAAGCUGGAGAAGUCGAUGGUGGCGGACAAUGAGUCCGGGAAGAGCGUCAUGAGCGAGGUGCGAACCAGCUCCGGCAUGUUCCUCGAGAAGAAGCAGGAUGAAGUUGUAGCUAGGAUAGAGGAGAGAAUUGCAGCUUGGACAUUCCUUCCACCAGAGAAUGGCGAAUCCAUCCAGAUAUUGCAUUAUCAGAAUGGUGAGAAGUAUGAGCCGCACUAUGAUUACUUCCAUGACAAAAAUAAUCAAGCCCUUGGAGGUCAUCGGAUUGCCACUGUGCUCAUGUACCUUUCUAAUAUUGGGAAGGGUGGAGAGACCAUCUUCCCAGAAGCAGAGGGGAAGCUAGCACAACACAAGGAUGAUACAUGGUCUGACUGUGCUAAAAAUGGAUAUGCAGUAAAACCGGUAAAAGGUGAUGCCCUUCUGUUCUUCAGUCUCCACCCCGAUGCAACAACAGACUCUGACAGCUUGCAUGGGAGCUGCCCCGUUAUUGAAGGUCAGAAGUGGUCUGCAACUAAAUGGAUCCAUGUGAGGUCCUUCGACAUCUCUGCCAAGCAGGGAGCUUCCGCUGACGGGUGCGAGGACGAGAACGUCCUCUGUCCCCAGUGGGCCGCAGUAGGGGAGUGUGCCAAGAACCCUAACUAUAUGGUGGGUACCAAUGAAGCACCUGGCUUCUGCCGGAAGAGCUGCAAUGUGUGUGUGCAGUAAGUUACGGAUCCACCUUUGUGAUACAUAUCAUGUCAUCGAUAAUUGUCGCAGUACCGGGUGUAUAUAGGACUGAGCAUAGCAUGUGUAACCUGGGAGGAGUUUAAAUGUAAGAUCGUAUCACCUAUAUGCACCUAGAAGUUAUAUAGCCAGACUCUUGUUUUUGCUCAAGCUUGAGGCUAUCCACUCAUUUUAGCUGAAGCAAUGAAAUCUAUAUGACCACGGUUUGAACAAUCUUCUUUGCUUCAA